UCACGUCUUUCCUUUUCCCCGCCUCAAAGCGUUGCCCAAGACAAAAUCACCACUUCACCAUUCUGAGUCCGACCAUGUCUACCGAAUAUGCGUCUCAACCACCUGAAUCCAAAUGUGGAUUGGACUCGCACCCAAAGGAGGAGCAGCACCGUGAAGAUCAAUAUCUGGAACGCCCAUACAUAUCUUCAACAAAUACCGAGAGAUCUACAUUUCAAUCAAGACUCACCCACAACUCGACUAAUGCUUGUCGAUUACCGACUGUAACUGGACAGACUAGCCCUUCAGGUUCAUUCUUCAAUCCCGAUGCACAUUCUACACCUCAAAUUCCUUUUGAAACUGUUCGUUUCAUUUCCCGAAACCCCCUCCUAGAAGAUGUCCCAUCCAUAUCUGACGAAUCUCCCGAUCUCCGCUCCUCACAUGCGUCUCCAGGUCUUUCAAGAAACGAGCAAUUUGAUGUUUCCAUAUCUGGUUUUACUUUGGUUCGAACACUUGGCUGCGGUGCAUACGGAAAAGUACUUCUCGGACAUCUGGAUAGUCAUUAUGCAAGGAAUCUGCAUGCCAUCAAGUUUCUUCGUAAAGGUGACAUGAAUCGGUAUGGGGCUGAAGAGGUCAAACGCGAGCUCAGAACGCUACGUUGGAUUGCAGAUACCACCAAAUCCCACACUACAGGUAACCGGGAUGUUCUCUUCCUGCAGAAGAUGACGCAGAGCUUUCAGAACGAACGAUAUGCGUUCAUAGUCCUGGAAUACCACCCAGUCUCCCUGGAAAAUCUCGAGAUAGCCGGACGCCUUCGGUUGCAAGCUCCCCCAUCCUCAGAUAGCCUAUCCGGAUCCGUUUUGCUACCACUCGGUUUCUCGCCCUCCUGUCUUCAAGGCAAUGCAAGAGAUCCUGUGGUUAAUCUCCGAUUCUUAGCCGCCGAACUGGUUUUGGCUCUGCGGUUUCUCCAUGGAAAUGGAAUCGUUCAUCAAGACGUCAAGCCCGGAAACGUUAUGGUCUCAGCAGAUGGUCAUAUCGUCCUAAGUGAUUUUGGUGCUUCCAUUGCCCUCCCCUUUUCGCUAGAUUACGACGACCUUCCCGUCAGCUUUUCGCCAGAAGUCAGUAUUAGGAAAACGUACCACCCAGUUGUGUUGCAGGGGGAUGAUAUCGUGACCUUUACACCCAGUUAUGCUGCACCGGAAUUGUUGCGUCGGAAUGGUGCUGACCUUGUGAUAUAUGACGAACGAGUAGAUUGGUUUAGCCUCGGCAUGCUUCUGUACGAGCUUGCUACCGGUAGCCUACCAUUCCAAGCGGACUACUGGGCAAGGGAACCAAGGAUCCGAAGGAGUACAAAUGACUUCAGUUUGGCUUUCGGGGAACUCGAGAACCUCUCUCACGCCUCUAACAAUUGCGGGCCGGAUCCUUCGUUAAAAUCUAUAAAACCUUUAGAAUCCUUCUUGAAAGCGGUGGGUCUUAUUUCGUAAAGUGCCACGCACCACGCACCACGCCUUAUAAGAGUGUUCAGCUAAUUCCCAUCGUAUCUUAGCUUCUCGUUCAUCAGGCAAACGACCGCCUCUCAGGAGAGGACGUUAAGCUUCAUCCGUUCUUUCACCCAGUUUCCGCUAUAUGGGACGAAAUUUCUGACAUGAUGCAUCCCCCAUUGCCUCGUCCUCCUCUAUCUCCCGUUGGCUCAGACGUAUCUCUCUCCAUGAAGGCUGGCGCUUCGUGGGGGUCUCGUAGCUCUGAGAAUGAAAAUCUACUAGUGGUUGACGAUCUGUAUAACGAAGCCGGCCUGCGCAUUGUCUGGUCGAAAGUUGGAUGUAACGAUGACUCGGAGGGCAAUGCAGACAAAGCGGAACCUGGAGGUGUAGAUGGGGAGUUAGGAAGAAUUGGCGAUCGUGUUGUUUCGAAUUUGAACUCGGCCGGUUUAUCCAGCAAACAUAUACCUUUACCUGACGAUGCUCAUGGUAUGGUAUUCCUACCCAGAUCUCAUACGCUCGAUACAAUCGAAGAUAUGAGCGAAAUCCAACCCUUCCCAUCCACGGCAUCCAUCAUGUUCCUGGGAACGGAUGAAUAUAAGGGCGAAGGUCCUCCUCCAGGAGGCUUCGCAAGCAGUAGUCCUAAUCCUUCGGUCCCGACAAUGCCCCCUCCUGGGUGUGUCAUUCGUAGGCUUGUCCCGUCUUUUUGCUCUGCCCAGGAUUCUGGAGUAGAUUUAUCGUACGAUCCAGAUGUCAAUUCCUGCAUGGAAGCAGACAUGAGCUAUAGCGUCGACUUCGCAGAAGUAAGAAGCAAGGAUACUAUUUCAAUCGCUAGCACCAAGGACCAUCAUGAAGUUCGAGAAGAAGCAUCAAUCUUCAGUUCCAGGCCCUCGCUCCAUUGCCUUCCUUAUCCACG